AUGGUUCGCCGUGCUACGCUCCAAGUCAACGGAUUCGUGUUCUUACUACCGGAGCACGUUGAAGGUCUCGCGGAAUACCCGUUUUACGCGAAGGUUUCAGCGCUAACGGCUGAAAAGGUGACCGUCCGUUCGCUCGAUCUGGACGACCCGGUCACCUCAUGCGUCAAGCAGCAUGGACCGAAUCAGCCUCCGGCUUUUGGCACGGGCAGGUCGUUGGAAUGGAAGGUCGCCUCGCACGUCUUCAACUGGAAGAUCGAGUCGUCCUCGUUGAACCAGCGCGACUAA